AAUCUGGAAGGGGCUGCUCUGUGCUGCAUCCCACACCCUGCACAGCAGAGACAACGUGGCAAUGUGGGGGGAGGAAGGCCAGAAAAGUUCUAGAAUCCGCACACAGUCCUCGCCAUACAGCUAAUGAAAAUUGCAAACCUUGACCUCACUAUGAAACCCAAAGGAUUAUAUUGUGUCUUUAUACAUUUGACGCCACCAUGUGGAUGAUAAAAUUCUUGGCUCUUGGUCUCCUCAUUGCCGUGGAAGCAGCAGUCGAUAAGAAGGCGGUGGAGAAAGCAGCUCAGGAGGCGCCAGCAGCGAAGAAGAUCAGUGAACAUGCCAACACCCUGGCCGACAAGAGCGCAGGCCUUGCCUUCAAUCUCUACCACACCAUGGCCAAGGAUAAGUCGGUGGAGAACAUCCUAGUCUCACCAGUGGUUGUGGCUUCAUCUCUCGGCCUGGUCAACCUGGCUGGUAAAGCCAGCACCGCUGCCCAGGCCAAGGCCGUCCUGAGCGCCGACAAACUGAGCGACGACCACAUCAAUUCCGGGCUCUCAGAGCUUCUCAAUGAAGUCAGCAACUCCACAGCUCGCAACGUCACCUGGAAGAUCGGAAACCGGCUCUACGGUCCAAGCUCCAUCAGCUUCUCCGAUGACUUCGUAAAAAACAGCAAGAAACACUACAACUAUGAGCACUCCAAGAUCAACUUCCGAGACAAGAGAAGCGCCCUAAAAUCCAUCAAUGAGUGGGCAGCGCAGACCACUGAUGGCAAGCUACCCGAGGUGACCAGCGAUGUGACAAAGACUGAUGGCGCCCUCAUCGUCAACGCCAUGUUCUUCAAACCCCACUGGGAUGAAAGAUUCCACCACAAGAUGGUCGACAACCGUGGCUUCAUGGUGACCCGUUCCUUCACCGUCUCUGUUCCUAUGAUGCACCGCACAGGGUUGUACAACUACGUUGAGGAUGAGACCCACAGCCUCCAAAUCCUGGAAAUGCCUCUGGCCCACAAGCUGUCCAGCAUGAUCUUUAUUAUGCCCUACCAUGUGGAACCCCUGGAGAGAGUAGAGAAACUCCUCACCAGAGAGCAGUUGAAGACCUGGAUUGGAAAGAUGCAGAAAAGAGCAGUGGCCGUAUCUCUACCAAAAGUCAGCUUGGAAGUCAGCCAUGAUCUUCAGAAACACUUAGGAGAACUUGGUCUUACAGAAGCCAUUGACAAAUCUAAGGCCGACCUCUCAAAGAUCUCUGGAAAGAAAGACCUUUACCUGUCCAACCUCUUCCAUGCUGCUGCCCUUGAGUGGGACACUGAUGGAAACCCAUUCGAUGCCGACAUCUAUGCCAGAGAGGAGCUGAGGAGCCCCAAGCUAUUCUACGCCGAUCACCCCUACGUCUUCCUUAUCAAGGACAACCAGACGGACUCUAUCCUAUUUAUUGGUAGAUUGGUCAGGCCAAAGGGAGAUAAGAUGCGUGAUGAAUUAUAGUCCCAAAUGUGGUGGGGAUUCGGGGUAGGGGGAGGGUAGUUUAAAAAAUUUCUGUUAUCAAUUCAAAGGAUGACGAAACAUCUUGACGUGACUUGUUGGCUUUGAAGAUCUUGAGCUGUUUACAUCAAAAAUAACAUUCCACCAAAGCAAAGGGUAAUUAUAUGAUCUUUGGUUGGAUCUAAGGAGCCCUAUGGGUUGCCUAGGGAGUUGGGGAUAUGGUGCUAAGUUUACAUACUUUGAAGAGUCACUGAAUACCUCCUGGCCUUCACGAAGACUUGAGGCCUCAGCCAAGAUAGCAGUAGUCAUGGACCUGAGUAUCACUACUGGACUGACAGCAGGGCCUCUGUGAUUUGCUUUGGAUGUCCUUUAAAGAUGCAGGAAGCCGGCUCUUCUUUCCCCUAUUUUAGGGGAUGUAAGUCUGUUGAGCUUGUCCGAAAAACAUGUGUGAUGUACGAGGGCAACGCACAACUGACAACUAUGCAAUCACUCCGGGCACCAUGUUGUGUGGUGCCGGUGUUUUUAUUUUUGUUUGUUUGUUUUUGUUCUUUGAGGAUGUGUGUUUGUGGGACAGGAUGGGGGAGGGAGGGAGGGAUGUAAUUUAACAAA